AAGUUCAGGUUGGCACCAGAGGAGGUGGCGGCGCUGCAGUCGAAGCACGGCGUGGGUGAGGAUGAGCUGCUGUCCCGCCUGCUUGGUCCCGCCGCCGAGCUGGCGAGACCCCCAAUCUCCUCCUUCCACGUCGGCGCGGUGGGCCUGGGGUCCAGCGGCGCGCUAUACGUGGGCGUGAACCUGGAGUUUGCCCGCCUGCCCCUGUACAACUCGGUGCACGCCGAGCAGUUCCUGCUGGUUAACGCGCUGCACCACGGCGAGCGGGAGAUACGACAGCUGGUGGUCUCGGCGGCACCCUGCGGCCACUGCCGCCAAUUCUACUCAGAGCUGGCCUGCGCGGAGAGCGUACGCUUCAGCUUCCAGGGCGGCAACUACUCGCUGGGCCAGCUGCUGCCCAUGCGGUUCAAGCCCGCAGACUUGCUGCCCGACCCCGCCACGCCUUUGCUGCUGCAGCCGCAGGACAACCGCGUGCAGCUGACGGCGACGGCGCGCAAGCUGCUGAAGGCGCGUGCCGGCGAUGCCGCCUUUGAGCGGGCCGCCGCAGAGGCGCUGGCCGCGGCGGUGGGCAGCUACUCACCGUACAGCCGGUGCCCCUCGGGGCUGGCCAUUGUGACCCAGGCGGGCGGCGUCUACAGUGGAGGGUACGUGGAGAGCGCUGCGUACAACCCCAGCCUGCCGCCGCUGCAGACGGCCAUCGUGGCUGCCGUCAUAGACGGCAUGCCCUACACCGCGGUGGAUGAGGUUGUGCUUGUGGAGCUGGCUGACGGGCAGGUGCAGCACGCGCGCACCACCCGUGUCGCACUGAAGAAGAUUGCGCCACAUGCCAGGCUCACGGUGCUGCCAGCGGAGUGGGCUGCGUCCAGCUAG